UGUAGGCAGGUUCUCGUCAAGACACUUGGGGGUGAGAUGAUGACACCUCUUUGGUUUACAGGUACGACUAUAUGCUUUUUUCUUUUCUUUUUUAUUAUUUUUUAUUAUUAUUAUUUUUUUGGUGGCUCUCUAUGGACGACAAGUGCCCGGAAACGACGUGUGGGGUCCAGCGUGUUGUUGUCUGGGGGAUAAAUGGAAUUGGUUUCACCCAUGCAUACGGUAUCCUGAUGCAUUGGAGUGUUUUGUCAUUAUAGCAUUUCAUCAUUGGGUGUUUCCAGGGUGCGGUGUAUUCAAGAAGGAGGCAUGGUCAUCUUUCUUCUCUCUUUUUCUCUUUCUCUCUUUCUCUCUUUCUACCUUU